UGAAGAACAUAAUGUAAAAGUCAACUGAUCAGAUUUACCAACUCCUCCAACUUGUUCAACCUUGAAAGACAAAAUUCACAAAGAAAAACAGGUCUGAAAGAAAGAAGUGAAAAUGGGGGCAUUGAUGAAGGUAACAGACACAAUCCUGUUCAUAUUCUUUCUAAUAAUAGCAAUUGCAGCACCACUACUUGAUGCUCAAACAUGUCUUCCUUCACAUAUCUUCCCACAACUACUCAUUGACCUCAAAACUUGGUACGCCCAUGAAUAUGGAGAUUACCUGGUCUCUGAAAAACCACAUUUUUUCAUUGGCAUUGUUUGGGUUGAGCUUCUGUUCGCUUGGCCCCUUUCGAUCGCUUCGCUUUACGGUAUUCUUGCUCGGAAAUCUUGGUUGCCCACCACCUGUUUGAUGUAUGGCGUCUCCACUUUUACUGCUAUGGUUGCAAUAUUAUCCGAGCUUCUGGGAUCUGGAAAAGCAUCAGAUAAGCUACUGAAGAUGUACACUCCUUUCUUGGGUUUUGCUGUUUUAGCCAUCUUGCGGGGCCUGUUACCACAUUCUCGAAGGUCUAAUGCAAUUGGCACACGACCUGCUAUGUUAAGGAAAAAGAGAGCUUGAAUGGUUUCCCAAAAUCUGCACAGGGGGUGAAGCUAUCUCAAAUCUUCAUAUCUCGUGCUGAUCCACAUGAAAGUUCGAUUUAGAGUUUUGCAGUUUUUGUAUCAGUAGAUUUGUGUAAUGAAUCAAUGCAUGUUUGUUACCUAGUUUUAUGAAUUCUUAAGAAUCAAGGAUUAUAAUAUUGUUAUAACUGGGUGUAGAAAUCGUGAUUUUCUCAUUGGUCUUGGUA